AGUGUCACAGCUGCAUCCUUCUCUAACACACACACACACACAUACACCUACACCUACACACACACACACACACACACACACACACACACACACACACACACACACUGGACAUUAUUUGGGAAAUCCUAUUUUUCUGAACCAACCAAUCAGUGUUGAGAAGUCAGGAGUAGAGUUCUUGAUUCUUACUCAAGAACAAAACUUCUCAGGGUGAAAUCAAAAUGAAGACGGUUUCUCAGAAUAUUUUGUUUUGGUGUUUGCUGGCUGCUUUUGUGCCUUGUGUUAUAAGUGCAACACUUCCUCCCAAUUCUGAUGGAGAAAAGAAACUGAAUGCAGAGCUUCAAAAGAAGGAUCCCUGUAUGCAUAAUAGGAGUUUAGAAGAUUCAGUUGAGAACAGGGAUACAGGGCCACCUAUAUCACAGAACAGUGAUCAGCCAAGUGGUAGGAUGAAACGGGGCUGUAACCUGCCCACCUGCUCAAUACAUGAUCUAGCCUACCGCAUCAACCAUCUCAGUAAUAAGACGAAUAACGCCCCCCCACGCAAGAUCAGUCCCUGUGGCUAUGGACGGCGACGGAGGCGUUCCCUCCUCCGACGCUCCACCGCUCCAGCCCACAGGGCGGGCCAUCUGAAUCUCUCCACGCUGCAAGCCCAGAGACAUGACUCGCCUCAAAAACUGAUUUAAGCAUCAAUCUGUGGACAUGCCACUUCUUCAAACCGCUGGAGAAGCAAUGGGGUUAUCCAGGAAACUACCAACACCACUGUUUUUCUAGCUAGGGGAAAGAGGACAGAAAACUCAUAUACCAGCUAAAAGACUUUCACCAAUACGCCUCCAUAAGGGAGAUUGACUGAAAGAAGAGGUCUUUGUGAAACCUGGAUGUGAAAGGCUUGGACACUAAUAUCUGCUCACCUACUUACAUACUUGAAGCUGGAUGUGUGUAUAGUGGGGGAAUGUGCAAUAAUUGUAGCAGUAUGUAUUCCAUCAAUAAUGGCAUAAAAAAAAUAAUGUAUGUUAUAAAUUCAUAUUUUUAUACAUUCAAUAAUAAUAUACUUGUAAUCUCAGAGAUUAACUAUUUUUUAUACAUGAACUAAUAUGGGCUUUGUAUAUUGAAAUUAAAUAUUUAACCAUUACUUUUAUACUGAUCUAAUGAUAAACUUAUAUUUAUGUCAAAUCAUUGUCAGUGUCAAGUGAAAACCAGAUGGUAUAAGCAACUAUUAAACACUUGUGAGAA